AUGACGCACCUCCAGUCGGUCGUCGCUACGUGCCAACUCUCCCUCCUGCGCUUUCCCCAUAACCCCCUUAUACAGCACCGUCUACAGCAGUCUUCCAGACAGCUGGAACAGUAUCUGUCCUCUCGUGCCGCUGAUAUCGCCUUCAAAGCCAAGCUCAAAGUGGAGGGGGCCCGUGAGAUGGGUGUCCCGUCUCUCCUCAGUAGUCUCAAUUCCCAUAUCAAGGCCUCGCAAGUCUCCGCGAUCACACUCCCCUCUGGCCGCCUCACCUCCAACCUCAGCGAAAUCAACGCCCAUUGCACCUCCUUCUUCUCCAGCCUUUACGGUGCCCCUCCCCAACCCGCUCGUCCGUCGGAUUUCUGGCGUCACCUCCCCCCCUCGUCCCCACCGUCAGCUUUGCUGCUUCCCUUAAUGGCGCCCUUCUCGCUUGCCGAAAUUGAUCGUGCAAUGGCCUCUCUCGCCCCUGGCAAGACGCCCGGCAGCGAUGGCCUGCCCGGAGAUUUCUUCCGCACUUACCGUGCUCUCCUCGGUCCGGUCUUCCAUCAACUCUUCGCGUCAAUCUGGCGCUCCCAGUCGUUGUCCCCCUCUAUGAGAGGCGGCCGCACUGUCCUCAUCCCCAAACGACAGUCUUCCUCAAUGGUCGAGGAUCUUCGCCCUAUUACGCUCAUGAAUGCUGACUACAAAACCCUCGCCAUCUGCCUCGCCAACCGUCUUCAACCUGUUCUGCGCCACAUCAUCCACCCCGCCCAGACAGCCUUUGUGCGCGGUCGUAGCAUUGGCGAUACGAUCAAUGACACUCUCGAUUUAAUGGAAUGGGCAGUUGCCCGCUCCGUACCCCUCCUCGUACUCACAGUAGACAUCCGCAAAGCCUACGACCUGGUAGAUCGCGAGUUCAUGUACCAGUGUUUGUCCUAUCUAGGCCUGCCUUCCGACUUCAUCACUUGGCCUAACUGGAAUAAGUGCUCCAUCCUCCCCUUCAAUAUCCCGCAUCAGCAGAUUACGCACGCAGGCCCCAUUCCGGUGCGCCAACCUGAAGACGCUGAACGUAUUCUGGGGCUGAACUUGAGUCCUUCCUGGCCAUGUCCCCGCUCAUACACCCCCCACGCUUGGAGCCUUGGGUCUUACUGGCAGAACCCCUCCCCUUUAAUCGUUUUCUCCUUAAGCCGGAUGGGCAACCCUUUGGUGGUCUCAAAGAAGAACUGCCUCUCCUCACCCUCCAACUCCGCCUCGGACAUCUCCUCACCCCCACAGAGUCUGGUCUUCGUCGCCUCUCCAGAGUUGAAAUUUUCCGUCGAUUCCCUACUGCCCGUUUCCCCUGCAGCAGACGUAUCCUCACUGCCAUUACCGAAGCGGUUCCUCUGGACUGGUGGGAGGUCCUCCUCCCUUUUCAACGCCCUCUGGGAUCCUUGUCUGCAGGAGAUUGGACUGUCCCUGUCUCCCCUCCUCCCCUCUCUCCUCCUCAACUACUGCAGGUUCGCGUUACACUCCCAGGCGUCUGGUGGUAGCAGAUAG